CCUGUCCCAGUAGUGACCCAGAGUCGCGGCCCUCCUCACUAGGGGCUCCGCGCGCCGCCACCACCUCCGCCUUUCACCUGAGCCCGCCGCCCGCUUUCGGUGCGCGCCGGGCCUGUCGCCGCGUCCCAGGUCCCUCCGUCCCAAGCGCCACCAUGCACUCGCUCUUCAGGAAGAAAAACAAAGGCAAAUACAGCCCAACGGUGCAAACCCGGAGCAUCUCCAACAAGGAACUCUCAGAGCUGAUUGAGCAGCUGCAGAAGAAUGCGGACCAGGUGGAGAGGAACAUUGUGGACACCGAGGCCAAGAUGCAGAGUGACUUGGCCCGGCUACAAGAGGGGCAGCCUCCUGAGCACCGGGACGUGGCCCUGCAGAAGGUGUCUGACUCAGAGAAGCUGCUGUACGUGCUGGAGGCGGAUGCGGCCAUUGCCAAGCACAUGAAGCAUCCACAGGGGGACAUGAUCGCUGAGGACAUUCGCCAGCUGAAAGAGCGCGUGACCAACCUACGGGGAAAACACAAGCAGAUGUACAGCCUGGCAGUGAAGGAGGCUGAACCGAAGGUCAACUGGGCUGCACUGGUGGAUGAGAAGCUGGACAAGCUGAGCAGCCAGGGCUUUGGGACUGACCUUCCUCUGGUGGACAGCCAGGUGGAACAACACAACAUCUUCCACAACGAAGUCAAAGCCAUUGGACCCCACCUGGCCAAGGACAAGGAACAGAACAGUGAACUCCAGGCAAAGUAUCAGAAGUUGCUGGCAGCGUCGCAGGCACGGCAGCAGCACCUGAGCUCCUUGCAGGACUACAUGCAACGCUGCACCAACGAGCUGUACUGGCUGGACCAGCAGGCCAAGGGCCGCUUGCAGUAUGACUGGAGCGACCGCAACCUCGACUACCCCAGCCGCCGGCGCCAGUACGAGAAUUUCAUCAACCGGAACCUAGAGGCCAAAGAAGAAAGGAUCAACAAACUGCACACUGAGGGAGACCAACUGCUGGCAGCGGAGCACCCAGGGAGGAACUCCAUUGAGGCACACAUGGAGGCCGUGCAUGCGGAGUGGAAACAGUACCUGAACCUGCUCAUCUGUGAGGAGAGCCACUUGAAGUACAUGGAGGACUACCACCAGUUUCACAAGGACAUCAAGGAUGCUCAGGAGCUGCUACACAAGGUGGACUCGGACUUGAACCAGAAAUACAACCCCGACUUCAAGGACCGGUACCAGAUAGAGCUGCUGCUGCGGGAACUGGAUGACCAGGAGAAGGCUCUGGACAAGUAUGAGGACGUGGUACGGGGGCUGCAGAGGCGAGGGCAGCAGGUGGUGCCACUCAAGUACCGCCGCGAAACACCGCUCAAGCCCAUACCUGUAGAGGCCCUCUGUGACUUCGAGGGUGACCAGGGCCUGAUCUCUCGGGGCUAUAGCUACACUCUGCAGAAGAACAAUGGGGAGAACUGGGAACUGACAGAUAGCACCGGGAAGAAGCUGAGUGCCCCAGCUGUCUGCUUCAUCAUUCCCCCCACCGACCCUGAGGCCUUGGCUCUUGUUGACAGUCUGGGCAGCCAGUACCGGAGUGUGCGGCAGAAGGCAGCUGGGAGCAAGCACACACUCCAGCAGCGGCAUGAGGUGCUAAGGACAGAGAACCCUGGAGAUGCCUCUGAUCUGCAGGGGCGACAGCUGCUGGCUGGCUUGGACAAAGUGGCCAGUGACCUGGACCGACAGGAGAAGGCCAUCACAGGGAUUCUACGGCCACCGCUUGAGCAGGGACGGGCAAUAGAAGAUAGUACUGAGCGGAUCAAGGACCUCAAGAACAUCACCAGUGAGCUGCUGCAGAUUGAGCCAGAGAAGACACAGCGCACAGCUGAGUGUGAGGCCUUCGUGCAGGCCCUCCCGGGCAGCGGCACUACCCCCUUGCUGAGGACCCGGAUGGAAGACACCAACCAGAAAUAUGAACGACUGGUACAGCUGCUAGAUGCAGCCCAGAAGAAGAUGGAUGUGGCCAACCACUUGGAGAAGAGUCUUCAACGGGGCAGGGAAUUGUUGGCCUCACAUGAGAACCGGCUGAUCCAGGAAGACACAAUGCCUGAAAGUGGCCACAUGUUGGACAACAAGAGGCAGGAGCUGGAGGCCAUGGCUUCUGAGCUGCAGGCUGAGAAAUCCCUCCUGGGUGAGGUGGAACAGAACCUGCAGGUGGUCAAGCAGUGCUCCAACUCACUGGCCAGUCGCUUCCAAGAGCACUGCCCUGACCUGGAGCGCCAGGAGGCCGAGGUCCACAAGCUGAAGCAGCGUUUCAACAACCUCAGCCAGCAGGUGGAACGCAGGGCCCAGAGCCUGCAGAGUGCCAGGGCUGCCUACAAUGAGUACCGCCGUGGUUAUGACCAAGUGCUCCAGUUCUUGGCUAACACCCCCAGCUACCAGCCUCAGGAGACAGACAGCCUCAGCCAGGUGGAGACCAAGCUGAAGAACCAGAAGAACUUGCUUGAUGAGAUAGCAAGCAGGGAACAAGAGGUGCAGAAGGUCUAUAUGGAUUCCCAGCAGUACCAGCAAGCUGUGAAGGACUACGAGCUGGAAGCAGAGAAGCUGAGGUCCCUGCUGGACUUGGAGAAUGGACGGAACAGCCAUUUGAACAAGAGAGCCAGGCUGCAGUCUCCUGCUGCCAGGGUGAAGGAAGAGGAAGCUACUCUUGCUGCCAAGUUCACGGAGGUCAAUGCCAUCAACAGACAGAGGCUGCAGAACUUGGAGUUUGCACUGAAUCUCCUGAGACAGCAGCCAGAAGCAGGAGUGACCCAUGAGACUCUGCAAGGGGGCAAGCUGGGCUCCAACACAGAGGAAAACAUGAGAAUUAAGAAGGAAUUGGAGGAGGAGAUGGAGCGAAGGCAGCAGCUGGAAAAUGAGGUCAAGAGUGCCCAGAAGGAAAUCCAGAGUCUGAAGGAUCAGGGGCCUCAGGAGUCAUUGGUGAGGAAGGAGGUGCUGAAGAAGGUGCCAGACCCCACCCUGGAAGAGAGCUUCCAGCAGCUGCAGCAGACCCUGGCUGAUGAACAACACAAGAACCAGCUGUUGCAGGAGGAGCUGGGAGCACUGCAACUCCGGCUGAAGUCCCUAGAGCAGGAGACCAGGAACGGGGGACAAGAAUAUGUGGUCAAGGAGGUCUUGCGCAUUGAGCCAGACAGAGCCCAGGAGGAUGAGGUACUGCAGCUUCGGGAGGAGCUGGAGGCACUGCGACGGCAGAAAGGUGCCCGCGAGGCUGAGGUGCUCCUCCUACAGCAGCGCGUGGCAGCCCUGACUGCUGAGAAGAGCAGGGUGCAGGAGAAGGUUACUGAGAGGGAGGUGGUAAAGCUGCAGAAUGACCCUCAGCUGGAAGCAGAAUACCGGAGGCUGCAGGAGCAGCACGAGCAGGAGGGUACACUCAAGGAGAAGCAGGAAGAGGAGUUGAGUUUCCUGCAGGCUAAGCUUAGAAGACUGGAGAAAGAACGGGCCAUGGCAGAAGGCAAGAUCACUGUCAGGAGGUGCUCAAGGUAGAGAAAGAUGGCAGCCACAGAGAGGGAGGUCAAUGAUCUCACCCGCCAAUAUGAGGAUGAGGCUGCCAAGGCACGCACUGGCCAGCGGGAGAAGACAGAGCUUCUGAGAAAGAUAGGGGCACUAGAAGAGGAGAAUGCCAGUGUGGUACAGGAGAAGGUCCGGGAGAUCGUGCGGCCAGACCCCAAGGCAGAAAGUGAAGUGGCCAACCUCCGCCUGGAAUUGGUAGAGCAGGAGCGCAAAUAGGGUGCUGAGGAGCAGCUGAAGAGCUACCAGAGUGAGCUGGAGGCCUUACGGAAGCGUGGACCCACAGGUGGAAGUCAAAGAAGUGACCAAGAGGUCAUUAGAUACACGACUGACCCAGAGACCGAGCAGGAGCUCCGCGGGCUAAGGGAGGAGAUCAUGGACAACAGGCUAAUAGAAAGGUGUGCUGAGAUCUACCAGUUGAAGCAGGAGAUCCAGGCCCUGAAGGACACCAAGCCACAGGUGCAGACUAGAGAAGUAGUCCAGGAGAUCCUGCAGUUCCAAGAAGACCCAACCAAGAAGGAGGUAGAAUCUCUGCGUAUAAAGCUGUUGGAAGAACAGAAGAAACGUGACCUAGAAGGGGAACGGGCAUCCCAGGAAGGGAAGAUCCAACGCAAAGAGGAAGAGCUGGCACAGGGCAAGGAAAGGGUUAUACGCCAGGAGGUGGUGCAGUAUGAAGAUGAGCCAGACUUAAGAGCUGAGGUGACUGCCUUCACAGACAGCAUUGAUGCCGAGCUGCGACAGAUUGACAAGCUGCGUGUGGAGCUGCGGCGGCUACAGCACUGCCGAGCAGAGCUGGAGCGGCAGUUGUAGGAACUGGAGCGUGAGCGGCAGGCACGCAGGGCACUGAGUGAGGUGCAGAGGCUUCAGCAGCGGCUGGCUGCACUGGAGCAGGAGGAGGCCAAGGCAGGUGAGAAGGUAACCACACACAGAAGGUGGUGCUGCAGCAGGACCCCACAGCAAACCAGGGAGCAUGCCCUGCUCCGAGCCCAGCUGGAGGAAGAGCGGCACCGGAGGCAGCUACUGGAGGCGAGCUUGAACCCCUUCGUGAAGUUGGCUACCCUGGAGAAGACAGAGAUCAAGGAAAAGGUGGUCUUCUCUGAGAGCGUUCAGGGAAAAGGUGACACUGAGCAAGAGAUCCAGCGGCUCAAGAAGAGCCUGGAAGAGGACCGGAGCAAGAGGGAGCUAGAUACAGAGAUGGACAGGCUGGAAGCAAAGUUAUCUGAGUUAGAAUUCUAUAAUUCUAAUCAUCCAAGGAACUGAUUCCUCAGAGAAGAAAACCACAAGCUGCAGCUAGAGCGGCAAAGCCUACAGCUGGAGACCCGGAGACUCCAAUCAGAGAUUGAGAUGGCAACAACAGAAACUCGAGAUCUAAGGAACAUCACCACAGUGGAUUCUGGAACCCACCUCAACUCUAGGCUGUGGUCCCUAGAGAAGGAACUGGAUGACCUCAAGAAAAUGUCCAAGACAAGGAAUCUGGAGAUUGAUGAACUGCAAAGGCGCCUGGGCUCUGUGGCCGUCAAGAGAGAGCAGAGGGAGAACCACCUAAGGCGUUCCAUAGUAGUCAUUGACCCUGACACAGGCCGCGAGCUCCCAGAGGAGGCCCAUAGGGCUGGGCUCAUCGACUGGAACAUGUUUGUGAAGCUCAGAAGCCAGGAGUGCGACUGGGAGGAGAUAUCAGUGAAAGGCCCUAAUGGGGAGUCAUCAGUGAUCCAUGACAGGAAGUCUGGCAAGAAGUUCUCUAUUGAGGAUGCUUUGCAAAGUGGAAGGCUAACCCCUGCUCAGUAUGACCGCUACAUCAACAAGGAUAUGUCCAUUCAGGAGCUGGCAGUCUGGUUUCUGGGCAGAAGUAGGUCCAACUCUUCUGCCUGGCUUUCCUUGGAGGGGGGUGGUUGGCUUGCAACCUCCUAGGUGUCUUUCGCUCCCCAGUCCUCAUGAAGGCCUUUGAGCUAGGUGUUAUCCACACUGUAUCAGGCUGAUUACAAUGCAGCUUUUGUAGUACCAGCACAGACACCAACUGGAGAGGCAACUCUCAGCUCAGCAUUAUUCAGUCUGGUGAUUGACUUGCUCCCACAUCAAUACCUGAUAGUCUCUUCUCUCCCUUUCCUAUAUGUUCCCAUCAUUGGUGCUUACAGCUGGAAACUAUAGCACUCGGAAAUAUUGCAGACACAUUCACCAAAACAGCAUGGGGCUUUAGCAUGUCAUAUUACACAGUGAAAUAGAGGGCAGAAGGCCUCCUUUCUGACUCUUUCCACUCAAGACUGGGUCAUUGGGGCUGUUGACCUUCCUUCUCUCACCAUUUCAACUUUUAGGCUGGGAUCAAACUAUCAGCAAUGCCCACUCAGUAAUAGUGACUCUUCCCAUGAGACAGACUGAAAAUGUGUCCGGAAUCCACAAUGCCUGGCUCUUGGUGCUAGAAAGCUAGAAAAAUGUGCAGAAGACAGGCAUCAACAGCUGUUUCCUACUCUUCUGAAGUGAAAAGAGCUUAGUAAUGGAUAUGUGCUACCCUUCCUUUCAGUGCCUUACAAGUCCUCAUUAUCUCACUGGCAUUUAGAUAUAUGAAGGUUGAUCAUCAAAUUUCUGCUUCUCUGUAUCCAAGUAUUAUGUAAGAAAUGGGAAGUGUAGGGACUUUAUUUGUAGCAUGAAAAUAAAAAUCUGGUGGCUGCUUCUAACUCUAA